CACUAUCACUUAAAUUUCUCCAGCCGCCGCUCGUCGGCGAAAUUCAUUGUUUACGUUCUCCUCCUCAAAAUCUCUCCUCUCUCUCCUCUCGAUCACGUCUAUUGAGAUCCUUAUUGUUGCUUCUCUCUCUUCUUCCAUUUUCUCAUUAUCAAAUGGGAUUUCAAGCAGCCGUAAAUAUUACCGAAAUCGCAGGAAGAGGUAGAUCACUGGUUACCUCUCAGCCGUUAAGGGCCGGCCAAAUCGUCCUCAAAGAUUCACCUCUCAUUCUCUACUCCGCAUCUCCAUUCAUUAAAUCCUCCUCCCCUGAAGAAAAACCCAGCAAAGGUUGCUACUGUUCUCAUUGCUUCAAAGCUACAAUUUUCCGGCAAUCGGAGAAUCAAUCAUUCGUUCCUUGCCCUUCAUGCUCGAAUUCCACUGAUUGGGUACUUUUCUGUAGCCCUAAUUGCCAAUCAUCAGCCUCUGUUACUUCCCACACUCCUUGGGUCUGUCAAGCUUUAAGCCGCCUUAGAGAUGGGUUUUCUUCAUCAAAUCUUCAGCAACAGCUAGAAUGUCAAGUUCAGGCGCGGUUUCUCGUCGCCGCGUAUAAUCUCGCCGUUAUUUCUCCGGCGAAUUUCAUGAUUCUUCUUUCACUUCAGGGUUCUUCUUCUUCCUCUCUUAAACUGGAUGAUUCAACUGUUUUUCUUCAUUCCCUCAUAUCCAACAUCUGCCCUCCCAUAAUCCCCAGCUCUGCUGGAUUCUCCUUCUCACCUGAGUUAACGGCUGCGUUGCUCUCUAAGGACAAGCUUAAUGCAUUCGGGUUGAUGGAACCGUUUGCAGAGAAGAAAGAGAGAUCCGUCCGGGCUUAUGGUAUAUACCCUAAUGCAUCGUUCUUUAAUCAUGAUUGUCUCCCAAAUGCCUGUAGGUUUGAUUAUUUGGAUGCUGAUGGAGGCGAGAUGAAUAAUACAGAUAUCAUAGUUAGAGUUAUACAUGAUCUUCCUCAAGGAAGGGAGAUCUGCUUGAGCUAUUUCCCUGUCAAUCUUUGUUAUUCCGAUAGGCAAAAGAGGUUAAAAGAGGAUUAUGGGUUCACAUGCUGCUGUGAUAGGUGUAAGGUGGAGGCAAAUUGGAAGGAGGAAGUGGAGGUGGAGGAGGAAGAUGAAGAGGACAUGGAUGAAGAUGCGGAUGAAAUGAUGGAUGAAGGUGAAAAUGAUUUCCCACAUCAAUAUUUCUUCUUGCGAUACAUGUGUGGCAGAAAGAAUUGCGGGGGUACAUUGGCUCCUGUGGCUCCAUCAAGCUCGGAGCCUUCGACAUUGAUGGAAUGCAAUGUCUGUGGCAAAUUGAAGAGCGAAGAAGAAGAUGAUGAUGAUGAUGAUGAUGAUGGAGAAGAAGGGUCUAUGGAUGAUGGUGAUGAUGCAUUUGACACUUGAGCUUUCUUUCUAAGGUAAUGUAACUUUGAUUUUCACUUUUAUUUAUGUAUUUGGGAUUCUUACUUAGAAUUUUUGGAUGGAACUAACAUGAUGUCUUCAUGUUUGUAUCUUCUUCUACUUCGUAUUAUUAAUGAAAUGAAAGAAUGAAUUAAUGUAAUGGGGUUGUUUUUUUAGUAUGCAUAGAUAUUUUUUCAAAUGAAUUAUGAUAUUGGAAAAUUUAUAUUUGUUAU